AUGUUGUCUCUCCAACACAAAGGUGAGCUGUCAAACCAACCCGGUCCUGCCACCAGCAUCGACGUGGAAAUAACCGUGGCUUUUAUUCGUUUUUUUAAGGAUGAAGAUCCUCCGAGAGAUGCAUCUCCUCUUCAUUGCCACCCUGCUCUUGUUGCUCUAUCUGAUCCAGGAAAAGCUCAGGCUUCCAAACAGAUGCCAGACAGUCCCGUUAAAGGUUACUUGGAGAAGACACUGUAUCCAGUGUUGUUGCCAGGACUUGAGGCUUUGCUGGCAGAAUCCAAGACACACGGCUGUUUUGAGAGGAAAUUCACAACAUUUGAACCUUUAGACUUCUUAACUGAGUGGCUCUACAAUCAUAACCCCCGCAGGCAGGGACAAGCCCCGGUGAAGUUUCAUGAGAUUCCCUUUGUCAAAGACUGGCUCAACAUGCACCCCAGGCCUCCCAUCCCUCUGUCUCUGCAGCUCAGCGGGGAACAGCCUGCUCUGCUCAUCCAGGCUUUCUGGAGGGGAUAUAAGGUCAGGGCACGGCCAGAUGUGCAAGAGCUGCGCCAAUGGCAGAGGAAGCUGAGAGAAAACCGUGACAUUCGCAAAACCGUCGAGGAGUUCUGGGUGAAACAAGAGAAGCGGUUGAGUGUGGCUAUGAUGGAUCUUCCAAAAAGUCCCCAGCCAGGCAACUCUGAUGUGUCCGUCCCUGUGGUUUCCCCCGCCCCUCAGAGCAGCGAGAUCGACGCCCCGGCCACCGAGAUAACUGCAGGGCCUGGUGACUGCCCGACUCCUGGUCUGUUAGCGAGCGGCUUCCUCAGUACAAAUUCUAUGUUAAACAGUUAA